UAAAGCGCUGUGCGGGGCGGAGCGCGGGGGGGCAGUGCGGGACGUGGCGGCGGAGCGGAGGGGGAGGCAGCGGCGCCAUGACCCGCGGGAACCAGCGCGAACUGGCGCGGCAGAAGAACCUGAAGAAGCAGAGCGACUCGGGCAAGGGCAAGCGGCGGGACGACGGGCUCUCGGCCGCCGCUCGCAAGCAGAGGGACUCGGAGAUAAUGCAGCAAAAGCAGAAGAAGGCUGAUGAGAAGAAGGAGGGCGCCAAGUAGCCCACGGCCGGGCCGACCGCCGGCAGGAUGCCCAGCGCAGCCCCACGGCCGGGCCGCCCUGCCGGGGGCCCCAGCAGUGCCCCGCGCCCACCUUGGGCCCGACUCCUAUUAAAGUAGCUUGUGGAGCCCUGCA